AUGUGCAUCAAAACAACUUAUCACUACGACUGCGGCCACAGAAGCUCCUCCACGCCGUACUGCGAACGCGCUUUCGACAACUGCUCAUACCGAAUCACUGCAAGAAGAUGCUCAAACCCCACCUUGGCUGAAAAGACAGUCCGCGGUGUCUGUGACGCCAUCGAGUGCAAGUACGAGGAAUGGGACAGGCGAUGGAUCUGCCACAAGUGUGACAUGGAUAACGAGAAUUCCAUGACGUGUGAGGGUAAUGGCUGUGAACAUGUCUUCUGCCAUGGAUGCGAUCCUUGGGAAUCUUCUUUGGCGUAUAUACCACACAGAACUCCUGAGGAGAUGAGACUGGCGGAGCUUCGAGCUAUGGGGCGCUUGCCAGAGGAGCAAUCUCAGUCAAGUGUCCAGUCUCAGUCAACCAUCCAGACUCAAUCAACUGUCCAGUCCGCACCAACCCAACUUACCGAGCCAACUCAGCAGGCCGAGCACUCUGAAUACCCUAAGCAAGCUACACCGCCAAAGUUCCACUGUUCGGGUUGCGGCACAUGUAAACCAGCCCGGGAGGCAUUGAGACAGCGACAAUCACAACGCCAACCUCCCAGCGUCCCGGUCUAUGAAUCCGGGGCGGGAGAUUGGGUCCGACAGCCUCAAGGUAGACCCAGGAUACAACUGAAGAGGGAAGACACAAGUACCAUGGGAGUCGGUGGGAGAAGCGCAAAGCUAGCGCAAAUGGUCGAAGAAGGAAAUUAG